CACUGAAACAAUCAAAUCAAAGGAACCUACUGACCUUUCCUUUCCCAUUAACUUCUCUUUCGACCUAUCCUUUUUACCUACUUCACCCAACAAAUUACCGUCGUUUCCUCUCCCUCAAACAAUCUAGGUUUAGGAAGGUCCCCUGAUAAUCUGAUCCCAACACCAGUAUUUUCCGAUACCCUCUCUAUCUCUCUCUCUUUCAAUUAUUCAAAACCGAAUGGAUUCACUAACAGCUCUGAAUGGGUCCGCCGCUGCCAACUGUUAUACGGUGUCUCCAUUUCUGAGCAAAACCUUCGACGUGGUGGAUGACCCAUCGACCGACUCGCUCGUAUCGUGGAGUAGUGAUAACAACAGCUUCGUUGUCUGGAAAGUGCCGGAGCUUGAAAGGGACCUCUUGCCCAAGUAUUUUAAGCACAAUAACUUCUCUAGCUUCAUCAGACAGCUUAAUACUUAUGGUUUUAGGAAAGUUGACGCUAACCGUUGGGAAUUUGCUAAUGAGGGAUUCCUAAGAGGUCAGAAACAUCUCUUGACAACUAUCAGCAGGCGGAAACCCGCUAAUGUUCACUGUAUUCAGCAACCUCAAGUUCAGAGUUUGUCAGUUGGAGCUAGCGUUGAGGUAGGGAAGUUUGGGCUCGGAGAGGAGGUUGAAGCACUUAAGAGAGGCAAGAAUAUUCUGAUGCAGGAGCUUGUUAGGUUAAGGCAGCAACAGCAAGCCACAGAUAAUCAGUUACAAGCUUUUGGCCAGCGCAUACAUUUGAUGGAGCAGAGACAGCAGCAAAUGAUGUCUUUCCUUGCUAAGGCGAUGCAAAAUCCAGGUUUCUUAAACCAGCUUGUAGAGCAGCAAAAUGAAGGCAACGGCCACCUGACUGGAGCAAACAAGAAGAGGAGACUCUGUAGGCAGGAUGAAGAAAAUUUAACUUGUGAAAAUGGUGCCAUAUCUCCAAAUGGGCAGAUUGUGAAGUUCCAGCCUUUGCUUAAUGAGGCAGCAAAGACAAUGCUGCAUCAUUCGUUGCAGAUGAACACAUUGCCUUGGCCGGAACCUGGUGCUUUGAUGACUGAUGGCGUUCCACCUUCCAGUGCAUUAGACAGCAGGUGCUCCUCCAGUCAGAUUUCGGGUACGACUCUUUCCAAAGUCCCACCAUCUUCUAGGCAAUCUUAUUUGCGAGCAGUAACUGCCGCUCAUUUAAUAUGUGAGUAUCCUAAGGUGGAUCAAAUUUCUAAGACCAGUGAGUAUCCUGAUAACACUGUAAGGCCUGAGGGCAUGAAUGCAGAGUAUCUUGAUCCAGUGUCGGCUGUCUUGAACGGUACAAUGCCGGCUGACCAUGAUAUGGACACCAUGCUUGAUGGAAGCCCUGAGCUUCCAGCAAUUAAUGAUGUUUUCUGGGAUCAGUUUCUUACAAGAAGUCCACUCACGGGUCACGCAGAUGAAAUUAACGCUAUCUCCCUGGAAAAUUGUUCAAAUGGGUAUUCGGUAGAUGAGCCUAUGGAUCAUAUUUCUGAGCAAAUGGGCCUUCUUAUAUCAAAUAGCAUGAUGGGGUAAUGUCAAAAAAUUAUACAUAUAUUUCUUGCUUUUAUGAGGUGAAUCUUUUAACCGACUAUUCCCCCGAUAUGAUGUGUAAUACCGGCAAAAAAUGUUUUUAUUAUUUUAUUUUCAAAGAGAGAUUUUUGUUGUUAAAA